AUAAUGCAAUGCUUGAGUCUGGCUAAAAUGAAGCGACGCUGGCGCCUGAAAGUAUAAGACAGUCCGCACAGAGGGCGAUGGACAGGAGGAAAAGAUAGUGGUGCCAUGACUGGCCUGCGGCUCACAAAUUGAACCGCCAGCUUGACCUUACCGACCAUGGCGCUGAGAAAAACCAUAGUCGGAAUACUCAUCGGAUGUCUGAAUGUACACAUCCCCGGUGCACUUGGAGCCUCGUUCUACGUGUCGCCCAAGGGGUCCGAUCUGAACAAUGGCUCGCAUUGCCGCCCCUUCCAGUCUCUUCCCAGAGCACAAAAGGCUGUCAGGGACGCCUUAUCAUCGGGUGCGCAAGACAUCGUCGUCGAGCUUGCGAAUGGCAGAUACAUUCUCACGGAACCUCUAAAUCUCACUGCGAAGGACUCUGGAAGCCCCGACCAUCCCGUCACUUGGAAGGCCAGAGGCGCCGAGGCUGUCAUCUCAGGUGGCAUUGAGAUCACCAACUGGACCGACACUGGAUCUCGCGGCAUCUACUCUGCCAAUGUCCCCCCUGGCACCGACUCCCGCAACCUGUACGUCAACGGAUGGGCUGCAAACUAUGCUCGCCGGCGCAUCGACAGGUCCGACUUUGCCACCACGAACACGUCAAUGCACUGGGACGAUCCUCAGUAUGACUGGAUCAUGGAGGUCGGUGAUCUUGAUGGCGCUGAGAUACGAGGCGUCAACGCUUUCACAGACCGCAUUGCCCCCAUACAGGAGGUGCGCGACAGGGAGAUGGUCAUGGUCCGCAACAGCUGGUCGAACAACAUCAUUGGGUACGACACCUUUAGCAACCCUGAUGGGUUCUACGAUGUCGAAUUCCUGACGUGGAUUCAGGGGGCGCUCAGUCUUCUCGAUGAUGGAGGCCAGUUCUAUCUCGACUCGGACCAAGGCAUUGUCUACUAUAAACCGCUUGACACCGAGUCUAUAGACGAUCUGGAGGUCUACCUCGGCGUUCAGGAAGCAUUGGUCACCAUUGGAGGCACCUAUGACGAGCCUGUUCACGAUAUCGCCUUUGAGAACAUUAACUUUGCGCAUACUACCUGGCUGAAACCUGGUCAAGGGUACGGCUACGUCGACCAGCAGACUGGCGGCUACAUUGGCGAAAACGUAACAUAUCCCGAGUUCGAGGCCUCGCGUCCGCAUUGGCAGCAGAUGCCAGCCGCAAUCCAGAUCAGCGCUGCCCACGACAUAUCCUUCAGAGGCGGAACCUACACCCAACUCGGCUCCUGCGGUUUCGGCAUCGGCAACGAUAACAACGCGUACAUGUCGGGCCUUGGCCUUGGCGCUCAGCACAUUUCCGUCACUGGUGGCUACUUUACCCAAGUCAUGGGCAACAGCUUGAUGCUCGGUGGCAUCCAAGCAAACGCCCACCACCCUGAGGACCCGCGGAUGACCAACUCGCACCUCGUAGUGUCCGAGAACAUCUUUUACAAUACCUCAUCUCUCAUCAGCUCUACUGUGCCCAUCAUGGCCACCUACGUGCAGGACUCAGAGAUCACCUACAACGACAUUCACGACGUCCCCUAUUCAGGGAUGACGCACGGCUAUGGGUGGGGUUCCAACGACGUCGGGGGCAGCCCUGAAUACCUCGACCGCGGGCUCUACAAGUAUCAGCCAAUAUAUGACACACCCACGACACUGAAGAACAACCUGGUCAAGGGCAAUCUCAUCUCAGACUAUGGCACCGGGCACGCCGACCUCGGCGCCAUUUACACUCUCUCCAAGGCUCCCUCGACCCUGGUCACCGAGAACCACGCCUUUGACGCGGAGUGGUUCGGCAAGUACGUCGACGAGGGCGGGAAUUCGCUGACCAUCACAAACAAUGUUCUCCUGAGCAAUGGGAACUGGUACGCCCCGAACCAACGGCAGUCCUUGACCACGGGCAACAACACUCUUCUUGACAAUUUCGGAAAGGUUGGCGACGACCGCCUAUAUCGGCCCAACGGCACAGGCGAGUUUGGCAAUACGUUCUUGAGAAACUAUAACGUGACUGGCCUGAAGCAAGUGUCUGUGGAGGGCCUCCGCGUUGCUUAUAGGGCUGGCAUCCCACCAGGCCGUCGGGGUGACCGACCCGUCUCCAACCCCGAUCGGGACGACGGGCACGUUGCUCUCGGAUUCGCCAGCGAACUCGACGGUGCCGUUCAUGUCAACCUGACCAAUUUCGACGACGAGGAUUUUGUCAAUGUUUCAUUCUCCGUCUCGGCGUCCGAGGGAUACCAAGUCUCAGUCGAGCAAGAGCCGCCGUCCUCCGUGUCCAGUGAUAGUCAAGCGCAAGUUCUCUACCAUCUGUCCGGCUCAGGGGACCUUCCGCCCACGAUCACAGCUUCAGUCACAUACACCAAUUCUCGUACCGGCGCUGAAUCCACGCGCAGUGUCUCGGGCACACAGCCUGGGUCCCUGCCGUACGAUGGCGAUCUCCAGACAUCUUCCUCGUGGCAGCCUGCUUCCGCAUUUGGCAGCAGUGGUGAUAUCAUGGGCAUACGCACGGGCGGGCGUGGACUCUUCCGUCCCUACGAUGACUGGGCGGCCAUCUAUGCCAGUCAAUCGGUGGGCGAGUCCUCGCAAGUGAGCGUCCGCCUCCUAUCGCUGGACGCCAUCGAGAAUACGACCUCCCAGGCCGGGCUCGCCAUUCGUGACAACUUUGCCGGCGGCAAUGCGACUCGUGAGAGCCCCUACGUCGCUCUGGUCGUGACGAGCGACAAGAAGCUCCGUUUUGAGGAGUCGAACACCGGCAACGGGCGCUUGGGUACCUUGAUUGCCACAGUGGAUGACGUGGAAAUGCCCUUGUGCCUCCGGCUCACCGUCUCGAGCGAGGAAGUCUCUGCCUCGUUCUCGCCCGAUUGCAAGGAGUGGACGGAUGUUCAGGGCGCCGCUGACCUGGGUCAGGCGUCAGAACUCGACGUGGGCAUGGUAGUAUCGUCUGGCGGGGGUUUUCGUCAGGCGACUGCCCUGUUUCGAGACUUCUCUUCCCAUUGAACGCUAGCACCGGCCAAUGCCAAGGGUGCAUCAGGUGUCGAGAAUGAGCACACUUGCACCAUCCAGUACAAG